AACAAUAAAAUAAGUUAUCUAUAGUUUUUUAAAUCAGAUUUUUUGUAAUAGUGUAUUUUGAAAUGAAAGUGUUAAAUUUUUUAAAACACAACGUUGCAAAAAUAUUGGUUGCAGUGUUGUGUAUUAUUUCUUUAGUUGUACUGAUUGUAGGAGUUCUUAAUUAUAAUGUUAUAUGCCCAAAAAAGAACGAUAGCCAAAAUCUCAUCGAUUUUAUUACUAAAGUAAAGAAACUUUAUUAUCAAUCUUAUCCUCAAGAAACAGUUUACGACCCAGAUGUCACGUUUGCAUCCGUAUUAAAUAAUUUUGCACCUUAUGACCCAAAUCCAAUUCGGCUUAAAUUUCUAACUGAUCUGGCAAAAAGUUUAAAGGACGAGUUGACAAAUUUUAAGUUGGAUGUCACGAAAAUGACGCCUCGUGAAAGAAAGGCGUACGCCCAAGUGACUCAUUUUUUGGAAAGUAUUUUCGGAAAUCCUUUUGAGGGAAACUAUUAUGCAGGUGUUUGGAUGAUGGGUCCAAACUAUUUUUGCUGGCAACCUAUUUGCAAUAUUGGCUCCAACUUAAAGGAACAUUUUUCUUUUGAGUUCUCUCCUAAAACAAUAUCCCAUGUGGAAAAAAUUAUUGAGAGUUUAAAAAAACACAAAACUAUUCUUGAAAAGUACCAAGAAAACUUAAAUUAUGGCGUUCGUGCCGGCAUGGUGAGAGCUGUUGACGACUGUAAUGCUGGAAAUAACGCUUUUAGACAAAAAUUUCCUAAAACAGUUGAAAAGGGAGCGACUGGAAUACGAGAAGAAUCAUUUACACAAAACUUACUAAAUGAGAAGUUUUAUUCUAACCUGAGCUUGGAAGAUAACCUCAAAUUUCAAGAAAAAUACAAAAAAAACAUCUUGUCUAAAGUAUCUGAAAUUUUAGUUGAAUAUUUAGGUGAACCGUUGCAUACAUUGAUAACUUAUUUAGAUGAAAGCUAUAUCCGCUCUUGUGUACCUUCGUCAGUAUCAAGCGGACUUGGAAACUUACCUUUAAGUUAUAUCUGGAGAGAUGGAGUUCAGACAGACUUUGAAACAACGCAAUCAUUACCAACAGGGGAAAAACUUGAUGGAAAAAAGAGCUACAAAAUGAUUUUACCGUACUUUACAACAACUAAUCGGUACUCACCAGAAGAUAUAAACGAGCUUGGUUUAAACCAAACAAAUAUUCUAUUUAAAAGAGCUAUUCUUUUAGCGAAACAAAUUACACAGAAAAACAUCGAAGAUGAUGCUAUUAAAACAUUUAUUGAAGACUUGAAUGACCCUAAACACUUUUUUAAUACAUCGUUGAUACCAGAAAGUGAAAAUGGAAACGAAGGUGCAAAAAAAUGUAAAAACAUGGCUACGGCAAAAAUUAACUGUCCCGUACGGUACAACGCAAUGAAUGAAUGGUUUAAGUAUGUCCGUGAGUUAUUAGCUAUUAUUGAUCCAAUGACAGUGUCAAUGUUUAACAUGGUAGGGAAGCAAUCAACAACGCCUAAUUGUCCUCUUCAAAUGGUUGCAAAUUUUAACCCUUCAAGUGGUUCUCAAUCUUAUCACUCUUCUGGUUCAGAUUGUAAAAUGCCAUGCCAGUACAAUCUUCCAUUUUUUUUAGAAAGGCCUGGUCCAAAAUAUAGCGCUUUCUCAGUUGCAGGACAUGAGGGAAGACCAGGACAUCAUACACAGGUUCAAGGUUUCUAUGAACAUUUUUUAACGUCAGGCGAUGAAAAAGAUGUUAUUGAUUGGCUUGAUGCAAGCACUUACUUUACUGCAUUUACUGAAGGAUGGGCGUUGUAUGCCGAAAACCCCCUAUUAGCACAGGAGACAAAAUAUUACCAAAGUAACCCUCUUCAAGAGUAUGGGAUGGUAAAAUGGCAAAUAUGGAGAGCGCUAAGAUUGAUUAUUGACACUGGAUUGCAUUAUAGAAAUUUAACUCAAGAUCAAUCUUUGGAUUUAUUUAGAAAAUAUGCUUGGGAUUUUACUGACAAAUCAUUAAAAGAUACUAUCCGGUAUAUGAGUGGCCCUGGUCAAGCCACAGCAUACAUGAUUGGGCAACUAGUAAUUUGGAAUAUCAGAAAUACUACAGAAAACAAAUUUAAAAAAAAUAAUGCUACAUUCAAUGAAAAAGAAUUUCAUUAUCAUCUUUUAUCUCAGGGGUCUUCACCACUGGAUUAUCUUAUUGAUUACAUGGACGCUUACACGGAUUGUAAGAUCAAUACUAAGUCUCGAUCUGACUGUUCUGAAAUACUUAAUCCGACAAAAAAUAUACAGAAGAAAGUGUUAAUAGGUACUAAAAAAGGAUGGUAUCGUUUAUAUAAAAAAAUGAGACAUGAACACUUUGAUUAAUAGCAUUCAUAUUAUUACCAUCAAUAAAAGAAGCCAUUUAAGCAUUAAAAACACUGCUAGGUAUUAUAAAUCAGUUAGUAA